UAAUUUCCUUAAUACUUUUUUUUAGAUAUUUUUUUUGUUCCCCAAUGCCUCUUUCUUCCCUGCAUGGAACUUUUCUCUCCAAACACAAAAACAACACAAUGCCCUGAUAUACUUUUCUCUCCACCACCCUUACCAUUCCUAUAAUCCAUCUCUCUCCAUCUUCUCAGUUCCUUCCUUUUUCAUAGUUUUUUCCUUUUUCUGCUUUGAUUUCUCCCUUCCACCAUGGGCAACUGUUGCUCAGGUGGUACCAAUGACCCUGAGGAAAAGGGAGAAACCAAUAACCAAAAUAGCACCACCAACAACAAUGCAAAUGCAGGGGCAGGAACAGAGCACUCUGCCACCACCCCACCACCAUCAACAAAACCAUCUCCUCCUCCAUCCUCCAAGAAUUCCAAGCCUGCCGCGGUUGGCCCGGUUCUCGGAAGGCCAAUGGAGGAUGUGAGAGCAACCUACAGCAUGGGGAAGGAGCUUGGAAGAGGGCAAUUUGGUGUGACUCAUUUGUGCACACACAAGGCCACAGGGAAGCAAUUUGCCUGCAAAACAAUAGCAAAAAGGAAGCUUGUGAACAAGGAGGACAUAGAGGAUGUGAGGAGGGAGGUGCAGAUCAUGCACCAUCUCACAGGGCAGCCUAACAUUGUGGAACUCAUUGGUGCCUAUGAGGACAAGCAAUCUGUUCAUCUGGUCAUGGAGCUUUGUGCAGGGGGUGAGCUCUUUGAUAGGAUCAUUGCCAAGGGCCAUUACACUGAACGCGCCGCAGCUUCCUUGUUGAGAACCAUUGUUCAGAUUGUUCACACUUGUCAUUCCAUGGGGGUGAUUCAUAGGGAUCUUAAGCCUGAGAAUUUCCUCUUGUUGAACAAGGAUGAGAAUGCACCCCUCAAGGCCACAGAUUUUGGCCUAUCAGUGUUUUACAAGCAAGGAGACGUGUUCAAAGAUAUUGUUGGCAGUGCAUAUUACAUUGCCCCUGAGGUCUUGAAGAGGAAAUAUGGGCCAGAAGUAGACAUAUGGAGCAUUGGUGUUAUGUUAUACAUUCUUCUGUCUGGUGUUCCUCCAUUUUGGGCAGAAUCUGAAAAUGGAAUAUUCAAUGCUAUCCUUCGAGGCCACAUUGACUUCACUAGCGAUCCAUGGCCCUCACUUUCACCUGCAGCAAAAGAUCUUGUGAGGAAAAUGUUGAACUCAGAUCCCAAGCAGAGGCUAACAGCACAUGAAGUUCUAAAUCAUCCAUGGAUCAAGGAGGAUGGAGAAGCACCAGAUAAACCACUUGACAAUGCAGUGCUGAAUAGGCUCAAACAGUUCAAAGCAAUGAACCAAUUCAAGAAAGUUGCUCUAAGGGUCAUUGCUGGUUGCCUAUCCGAGGAAGAAAUUAUGGGGUUGAAGCAGAUGUUCAAGGGGAUGGAUGAGGACAACAGUGGAACCAUCACAAUAGAAGAGCUCAAGCAAGGACUUGCAAAACAAGGAACAAAACUGACAGAGCAAGAAGUUAAGCAAUUAAUGGAAGCUGCAGAUGCUGAUGGUAAUGGAACCAUAGAUUACGACGAGUUCAUCACAGCAACGAUGCACAUGAACCGGAUGAACAAAGAAGAACAUCUUUAUACUGCUUUCCAAUACUUCGAUAAAGAUAACAGCGGGUACAUUACCAUUGAAGAACUAGAGCAAGCUCUCCACGAGUUCAACAUGCAUGAUGGCCGGGACAUCAAGGAAAUCAUUUCAGAAGUUGAUGCCGAUAACGAUGGCCGGAUUAACUAUGAUGAGUUUGCUGCGAUGAUGAGUAAAGGAAACCCAGAAGCUUUUACUAAGAAGAGGCGUGAUUCAACCUUGUAUUAGAAGGGACCAUGCAAAGAUAUUUUAAGAGGGAUCAUAGUCUCUCUUUCAGACGUGUGUUUUUAAACAGUGCAGAUACUGAUGAGUGAAAGAUCAAGGAUUGUCAUGCAUGAUAGCUGCUUGGUUGGGAGGGGGAAUAUAGGUGAGAAAUGGGUCAAGGUGGAAACAAACACAAGAGGGAAAAAAAAACUUAAAACUAACCUUCGAGAAAUGUAAAGAUAUGCUACUAGGUAUUUUGCUCGACAGGUUUUAUUUUUUGCUUUUCCUUUUCUUUCCUGUGAAAGCUUGUAAUAAGCCUUAUAUUGUAAUUGCUGCUCACUUAGAAAUCAAAUCAAAAGAGUGUUAUUUAUGUA